UUUGUUCUUUGCAUUUGUAUUCGAAACCUACUCCAAUCCAAAAUAGAAAAGCGAUAACAGCCAAUAAUCAUCAUCAGAUUUUAAACUACACUGAUGUAUGAUUUAUAGCUGAGAAUUGUAUAAUUAUCAUCAUCAUCGUCGUCAUCAUCAUCAUCAUCAUCAUCAUCAUCAUCAUCAUCCAUCAUCAUCAUCAAUAAAUGAUCAAUUAGUUACAACAUGGAUUCGAACUUGACACCAAGCAAUGAGAGUGAAUUCACAGCAAGAGCUUAUCAAAUAGAUCUAUAUGAAAAGGCAUGUAAAGAAAACACUAUUCUUUACCUGCCAACUGGAGCAGGGAAAACAUACAUAGCUGUCAUGCUCUUGAAACAUUUAAGCGGUACAUUACACAAGCCUUACAGCGAAGGUGGAAAGCGCAGUAUAUUUGCUGUAAAUACAGUUGCAUUGGUAAUGCAACAAGCUGAAUAUAUACGUCGACAUACAGGCUUAACUUGCAAAGGAUACAGCGGAGAUAUGCAAGUAGAUUUUUGGCAGGAAGAACAGUGGUUGAAUGAAAUAAAAGAAAACCAAGUUUUAGUGAUAACGUCACAGAUUUUUUUUGAUAUACUUUCCCAUGGUUACAUGAUACUGGACAGGGUAAACUUAAUAAUAUUUGAUGAAUGCCACAGAGGAGUAGCUCACCAUCCAAUGAGACAAAUAAUGCAACGAUUUGAGGAUUGUCCUAAGGAGAAACAACCACGUAUCUUAGCCAUGUCAGCAACGUUAUUGAAUGCCAAUAUAAAACCAGACAAAAUUGAAUCCACAAUCAGGUCUUUGGAAAUAACAUUUCACGCAAAAAUAGCAACUGUAGACUCGCCAGAUUGCAUUCAAGGAUAUUGUACAAAUCCAAGUGAAACAAUUGUUACUUAUAGGGAGUAUCAACUCCCGGAAGUAGUUAAAAAAAUAACUCAGAUGGUGGAAAAUAUAACGGACAUAUUUAAUAAUAUAAAUCUUGAUGUUGACUCAUUGUAUCUGGAGUCUAGUGCACAAAUGCGGCCUAAAAAGAAAUUGACUAAAUUGCUGUCUAUUAUUAGAGAUAUACAAGUCACCGCUUCACACGGAGGAAUAUAUGCUGGUAGCAAGUCAGCAUUAUUACAUUUAAUCCAAUUAGAAACUUUAAGAAAACAGUGUGACGAUGUACAAAAAGAUAUUGUCCUGGAAUCUCUAAUUACACAAGUGAUGAUUAUGAGAAAAUUGUUACAUGAUGAGAUGAAAAAUUACCCGGAAGAUGAACAAUUGUACAGUUUUACGUCCGAUCAAAUGCAAAAAUUAUUUGCAAUAUUAGCAGAGUAUAAUAACAAAUUAUUGAGCAAUCAAGAGUUUUGCUGUAUUAUUUUUGUCAAAGAAAGAUUUAUGACCCAAGUGAUAUAUCAUAUAUUAAAAGUGUUAUCUGAACUCGAUAAGCGAUAUAGUUUUCUUUUGCCAGAUUACAUAACAGGAUUCCAGAAUAAUCCUUUUAAAAACGUUCGAGAAGUUUCAUGCGUAGCAAAAUGGAAUAAGGAAGCAUUGCAUAGAUUUAAAACUGGUUUGUCAAAUUGUAUGGUGGCAACUGAUGUCGUUGAUGAGGGUAUUGACGUCGCAGCAUGCACGUUAAUAAUACGAUACGAUAUGCCGACAGAUUUUAGAGGAUAUGUUCAAAGUAAAGGUCGUGCACGCCACGGCUCCAGUAAUUAUAUAGUUUUUAUGCCAGAUAAUGAUAACCGUUUUCUUCAGAAAUAUAAGCAGUACAAAUCUACAGAAGCAACGUUGAAAAGUAUAUUAGUAGGACGAACUGAGGAGCGCACUUUACCUACCGAUAAAGAUAUUACAAACAAUUUAUAUACAUAUACCAUUGAACCAUACAUUGUGGAGCAUGACGGCGUUACAAGUUGCAUAACAGAAGUAUCAGCGAUUAGCUUAAUAAAUAUGUAUUGCAAUGGGUUAUUAAAAUCCAAGUUUGUCCACUUGGUUCCUAUUUGGAAACUGUAUAAAAAUGAAGAGUACAACAAUAAUACUUACAAGGUUACUCUGCAAUUACCAAGUAUAUCACCACUGAGAACCAUAGUUGAGAGUGAUUUUAUGAACAAUAUAAUUGAUGCAAAACGAUCCGCCGCUUUAAAAAGUUGUAUAAAAUUGCAUGAGUUGGAAGAAUUUACCGACAACCUAAUACCUGCGACCGCAGAUGCAAUUACGCAAAAUUUACAGCAUCUAUUUCCAAAUUGGGUGGACGAAGACUACUCUUUGCUCGGCACGUAUAAAAGGAAACGACCGCACAGGUUGGAGCAUCCGAAGGCACUAUACAGCGCAUUUCCACAAUCUUCAGAACAAUUAUACCUUCAUGUUCUCAAAUGCACUCCCGCAUAUUCUGUGAUGGGUUACGACAAUAGACGUGUAGUUUUUUAUAAUUUACUGAACGACAAAAGUGGCUUUGGUAUUCUGUCCACGAAGCGAAUGGCAGAGAUACCAUCUUUCCCGAUCUUCAUGAAGGAUGGCAAAUUGAAUGUCGACGUGAAAUCGAAUCAUGCCACAAUGACACUAAGUGAAAACGAUAUCAAAUUGCUGAAACGAUUUCACUUCUUAUUAUUUACUGACAUUAUUCCCGCCAUCAAACCCUUCAUGCUCUUCGAUAACGACAAUCUGGAGAAUUCUUUUCUGAUUGUCCCAUUGACUGAGAAUCAGGAGAUAAACUGGGACGUUGUUAAAACAUACCAGUGUGUAGAGCGAAUAGAGCCGUCUAUGCCCUUUCAUUUCAGGAUAUGCGAUUAUGAGUUGGCACUGGUUACUCCGACGUAUAGAGGAUCGUCGAAUGUCUAUGUAGUUACAAGAGUGUGCGACGAUCUCACGCCCGAAUCACCCUUCCCCAAUGAAGAUUUUGACACGUUCACGCAUUACUACAACGAGAAACAUGAAUUGGUCAUACAAAAUCUGCAACAAUCGAUGCUGGAGGUGAAACCAAUACCUGUGAAAAUCAAUUACAUAAAACCAAGGGGAUCGCUCGGUGGAUCGGCGAAAUAUAAGAAAGCGGACGACACCGUAGAAGAUCUUCAGGAACACUUAAUUCCAGAGUUAUGUUGGAAGAUCAAUUUUCCGGCUCUCUACUGGUUAAAGGCAACCACGCUACCUUCCAUUCUUCAUAGAGUCUGUCAGCUCCUAAUUGCAGAGGACUUAAGAGAAACUAUUGCAAGGGAGGCUGGAAUAGGAACGAUAACGUUAGAAAAGUUGCCCGCAUUAACGUUCGAGGGAAGUAUCGAGAAAUUGAGGAAUGAGCAUCAAACCAAUGAAUCGGAUCUAACGUUGGAUGACUCGAUCGAAAGAACGCAGUUGGAUCAGCCAGAUUUAAAUGCGCCUGAAUUGGGCGAUGAUCGUGAACCUCAGGAUUUAUAUCGUAAUAUGGAACAAGUUCAAGUGAUUGAUAUUCAAUAUUAUAAUCAGUUUAUGUCUGUAAAGUUGAAUGAAAAUGGUACGCAGGCGCAAACAAACAAGAAGAAUAUCGGUCAUUACGCGUCAAGGCCAAUAAUAUCGACACCGCCGCUAGAUGUUCUUGCAUCGACUAAAGAGCUUCCUCACUCUGGUCCUAACGCGAUAGAAAUUAUGCAAGGGCUGACUACUAAACUGGGCGUAGAUAUGUUCGACUUGGAACGACUGGAGACUUUGGGCGACUCCUAUCUCAAAUUCAUCACGUCGCUAUAUUUGUAUCACACGUUCCCAAAGUUUAACGAGGGUCAGUUGACGGCGGUGAAAGGGAAGAUUAUCGGAAAUCGAAAUCUUUACUACUGUGGAAAUAAAAAGGGUAUUGCUGGGCGCUUAAAGAACGAUGCGUUUGUGCCUACGAGCAAUUUUGUAGUACCCGCGUUCACCGUGUUGCGUCUGUUGCAAGAAAUAUUACUGGGCGAAUCGGUGACACCGAACGUAUUGUACGAACUCCGGAUACCGGAUGAGGAGCGAUACAGUGGAUACGUAAGUGAAGAUACAAGGGACAUAAUGCAACAGACGGUCCUAAAGUGGGACAAAGGAGAUAUACAAACUGGUGUCGAACAUUAUCUGGGUAUUCAAAUUUUGUCCGAUAAAACUGUGGCAGACUCGGUGGAAGCGUUAAUUGGUGUUUACCUCAAGAGUAAUGGCAUAAGGGGUGCAGCGAAGCUGUUGAAGUGGUUCGGCAUAUUAUCAGAUAUGCAGGUUGAUGAAGUGCUGAACAGCAGUUCGCCGAAUCCUUUGAUAAAUGCAGGGAACAUCGAUUACCAUAUGCCAUGGGCCGAUGUUAUGGAAGCUAAGUUGGGCUAUAAAUUUAACAAUCGAGCAUUUUUAUUGCAGGCGUUCACACAUCCGUCUUAUACAGCAAACACUUUAACUGAGUGUUACCAAAGAUUAGAAUUUCUCGGGGAUGCUAUUUUGGACUUUCUGAUCACUUGUUAUAUUUAUGAGAAUUGUGGGAAAUUAAGUCCAGGUGAUCUCACCGAUCUGAGAUCUGCCCUUGUAAACAACAUUACAUUCGCUUGCUUGGCAGUGCGGUAUGGCCUGCAUACCAGGUUAUUAGCUUUUGCGCCGAAACUGCAUGAAAUAAUUGAUCACUUUGUGAGAUUUCAAGAGGAGCGGGAUUAUAUUGUUAAUGAUGAGUUACUAUACGUGUUACUUGAAGAAGACGAUUGCAAUCUGGCAGAACACGUUGACGUACCGAAAGUUCUUGGCGAUUUAUUCGAAUCAUUAAUCGGUGCCAUUUAUCUUGACAGUAACAAAAAUCUUAUGAAAGUUUGGGAAAUUGUCUACUCUCUUAUGUACAAGGAGAUCGAUGAAUUUAGCAAAAAUGUUCCCAAACACCCUGUGCGAGUAAUACAUGAAAACACUCACGCUCGCCCGAAAUUUUCAGAAGCAACACUGAUCGAACAGACCGGUACGAUUAUGAUACCUUUGAAAAUAAUUAUUGAAGGCAAGGAGACCAUCUUCCAUGGAUUUGGAAUUAAUAAAAAACAGGCAAAGUGUGCAGCAGCAAAGCAAGCAUUAAAAAAAUUACAUCAACUCGAGAAAAAGUUAGAAGUAUAACUUGUUUUCACAGUUCUAUCUUUUAUCUAAUCUAAAAGAUCUAAUCUAGAUAUCUAAGAAGUUAUAGAUUUAUACAUAUUUUUAUGUACAUUGAGAUACAUUUAUAGAUUUAUAAAUAACAAAGUGCUUCUCUUCGUUCAUCAUUUAUUUGAUGAACUUUGUGAUGAAUUUUGCAAUAUUUGCCUUUUUUCUAUCGACUUCCGAACUGCGAUUUAUACGCGGUCCCUUCAGACUGUGGUGCGACUGAUUUUCUUAAAAUCUCCUGCAACAUAAUCUUUUUAUGAAUAGUUGUGUUAUAUAGUUUCAAUUAUGACCACAACAAAAUUUCAAGGCACUAGCAUGUUUGCAUUAUUAGCUUUGACGUUGUGCUUGUGGAUAGUGCUAAGCUUGGCAUUUAACAAGAGGUCAUUUCAAGAAAAAAAAAAGAAAAAAUAACUAGUUUCAACAUUAAAUGUGAUAGUAUUUCAUGACGAAACAUCGUUAUUCUUCCAAUGAAUCUAGCUAUUCUUCUACAAAGAAAUAAACUAAUUCAAAUGUUUAAAAAGACAAAUUAUAAAGUAUUUCUAUACAUAGAUAGGAUAUAAAGUAACACAUUGUUUAGACUAUGCAAUGUAUUGCACUGUUGAUUAUGAGUUGAUUAUCUAAUCUUUUGUCAAAUGACAAAAAUGUUAAAUUUAUUAUAUAUGCAUUGCCAUUUAUUCAUUCCAGAAAUUAU